GCCCGCGAUCCCCUCCAGGCUGCUGCCCUCCGCGCGCGCACUCCCUGCGCGCAGUGCCCGCCCCCGCCCCUGACCCCCGCGCGCCCUCUGGCUCGGCCCCGCUGCGCGCGCGCCAACUGGCAACCGCCCCUGGAUGUCCGCGCGCGCGCCCCCUGUCCCGCCAGCCGACGAGCCCGCGCGCCCCCGGUCGAUCCGAUUUCGUCCAAACGGCGCCCGCCAACUGGCGAGCGUGACCCCCCCCGCGCGCGCGCCCACCGCUGCCACAUCUUCAUCGCUCCCGUCCACCUCCGACGCGCCUCCCCGCGCCGCGCCUCCCACGGCGCCAACUCGGCCGGCCAACUGGCCGCCCCCCUUCCCCACCGCCUGCCCCUCGCCCCUCGCCCCCCUCCGCCGCCGCCCCCCCCUCUCCCUUCCUCUCCCCCUCUCCCCUCCUCUGGCCCCCACGCCGCCGGCCUCGCGUGCGCGCACUGGCUGGCCCUGCUGGCCGCCGGGCCGCCUGCCUGCCUGCCUGCCUGCCCGCGCACUCACUCACUCACCCACUCGCUCGCCCGACCGGCCGGCCGGCCGCUGGCCUGCCCAGGGCACGUCGCCGCCUCCGCGCGCGCACUCCCUGCGCGCAGUGCCCGCGCCCGCCUCGCACCGUCCACGUCCACAUCCACGUCCACGUCCACGUCCACGUCCGUCCGCCCUCCAUACAUACCCACCGACCUCGACUGGGCCGGAAUCGUGCGCGCAAACGUUCCCGUGUCCGAAAGUCAUCCGUGGGGGGCCCACCGUGGCCCACUCCCCCCGCGCCUCCCGGCCGGCCAUGUUCUCGGGCCAACUGGUCACCCGCCUUCGACGUCGAGGGGACGGCCGCGCGCGCGCCUGAUCAGCUGA